CACGCGGACCCCGUGCACGUGGGCGCCGAGAUCAGCGAGCAGCAGGCGCGCGCCGCCCUCCUCGCUCACGUGACCGACCACUGCUGCUACGGCCGGGCGGCCGCCCGCCACAUGAGCAUGACCAAAAUCAACUACACCUCCGCCCACCACUACGAGCUGCAGACGUUCACGGAGAAGCGGGAGACGUCGUGGACGUUCGUGCCUUACUCUGGCGGGGAGGUGGACGGCCCGGGCAGCGGAGAGGCGCCCGAGCCGUGGAGCGUGCCCGCCCAGCCAGGCCAGUUGUUCCAUGACGAGGUGAAGGUGGUGGAGGUUCCGCACACGGCCUCGGCCAAGGACUGUCACCGUUGCAAGGGCCAGGGCAGUCUGAGCUGCGCCGAGUGCCACGGCAAAGGAUGGACGCGAUGCCUCAGUUGCCAUGGCAACGGCUGGAGCGCAGACAGCUCUGGGUACCGGGAGCGGUGCUACUACUGCCAGGCCUCGGCCUACGGGGACGGAAAACAGGACUGCCUCAAGUGUAACGCCAAGGGUCGGGUGGCGUGUCCGCCCUGUGACAGCUACGGCCAAGUGCGGUGCUACAUCCGGCUCACCAUCUCCUGGAAGGUGAACACAUCAGAGCACAUCGUGCAGCGCAGCUCACUGCCGGAGGAGCUGAUACGCGAGGUCAGCGGCCAGGUGGCCGUAGAGGAGGAGGCGCCGGCGGUGGCGCCACUGUCGCACUACCCAGACGCCGCCAUCAACAUGGCCUCCGCCCAGCUGAUGCUGGAGCAUGCCGACAAGUUCAGCGAACAGCGGGUGCUGGCGCAGCGUCACCAGGUGCGCGUGGUGCCGGUGGCCGAGGUAUGCUACUCGCACAAGUCCCGCUCAGGCCGCUUCUGGGUCUACGGCUACGAGAACCGCGUGUACGCGCCCGACUACCCCGACAAGUACUGCUGGGGCUGCUGCUCCAUCCUGUGACGUCACGCGCGCCCCAUCGACCCCGUGACGUCACCGGCACUAUUCCGCGACCCGGAGGUCGCUCACUGACUGGGACUGGAGCUGGGCGCGGUGCGCUGGCGUGAACACCUUGUGUCAGCCGCUGCACCGCUAGGGUCC